AUUACAAGUCCAGAUGCGACAUUUGACCAAUCAGAGCCCUCAGCCUCAGAAUACGUCUCCGCCCAUCGCCCGCUCAUCAUUACAAUGAAGACGGAACUCACGCGUCUUUUAGAUUAAUUGAUGGAGGUCGUGUGGUCAAGCCAUUAAAUUUUACUUUUUAAACUACUUUACCUGGCCCAGGGGCAGAAUAAGAGCGUCCUGGUGAACGGAGAGCGGGACGACUUCAAGGAGUGCGUGGAAAUACUCACAUAUCUGAACUUUCGUCUGUUUUGUCACGGCUCUGAUCAUUGGUGGUGAUGGCAUUCUUUGAGAUCACAUCCACAGCUGAACACUUGUAUGACAAGUGGACCAAGUUGAUCAAUGAUGCAGACCCCAGGACGAAAGACUGGCUGCUCAUGUCCUCUCCUAUCCCACAAACGGUUAUUAUUUUAUUUUACAUCUACUUUGUGAUGUCACUGGGGCCCAGGAUAAUGGAGAACAGGAAACCAUUUGAUCUGAAGCAGGUCCUCAUCAUCUAUAAUUUCAGCGUUGUGGCUUAUUCUCUUUACAUGUGUUACGAGUUUGUGAUGUCAGGCUGGGGAACAGGAUAUUCAUUCGGCUGUGAUCUGCUAGACCCCUCUCAUUCGCCACAAGCCAUGAGGAUGGCAUGGACUUGCUGGCUCUAUUACUCCUCCAAGUUCAUUGAGAUGUUGGACACAAUCUUCUUUGUGCUGAGAAAAAAGCAAAAUCAGGUGUCCUUCCUACACGUCUUCCAUCAUUCCAUCAUGCCUUUCACUUGGUGGUUUGGAGUCCGGUUUUCUCCAGGUGGUUUGGGGACAUUUCACGCCCCCCUAAACUGCAUUGUUCAUGUCAUCAUGUAUACAUACUAUGGACUGUCAGCCCUGGGCCCUGCCUAUCAAAAAUUUUUAUGGUGGAAGAAGCAUCUGACUUCAAUACAGCUAAUCCAGUUUGUCAUGGUAACUGGUCAUAUUAGCCAGUAUUACUUCAUGAAAGACUGUCCUUACCCGUACCCCAUCUUCAUCUACCUCAUUACUCUGUACGGCAUCGUCUUCCUCCUCCUCUUCCUCAACUUCUGGUACCAUGCAUACACAAAAGGCAAAAGGCUUCCUAAAGUCCUGCAAAACACAACCUUGCCACAGAACAACAAUGGCAUACACCACAAGAAAGAAUAACUGGUGCAGUGUGACUAACCAAUCAGCAGUGACAAUCUACCUAAAACAGUUUUUUGGCUACAUUUUUAUAAGCAUAUUUAUAAGUACACCAUAAAGUUUAUCUUGAUGCCCUAGGAAAAAUGUUACUUCAGACUGUGUGUUUCAGUCUGGGCUGGAUCUUGUCUUCUAACCUCUGCUGGGCAUUUGAGUUGAACUGUAGGUCAUUCGCCUUAAGGGCUGCUCCUGUUUCUACUCAUUUUCUGCAUUCUCACGUGUUUCCCCUCCCUGUUUAAUGAGAGGUGAAUGAGUCCGAAGCCUCCCAGCUCCUCACUCAUGUCAGUCACCUCACUUUUAUUGCCAUUUUUUUUUUUUUUUAUUGAUAUAUUUAGAUAUUUAUGUUCCUGUUCUUGGUUAUAUCAGUAAAUAAGAUGGAGAAUUUUUUUUUUUUCCCCUUCUCUCCCUUCGAAAAAAGCAGAACUGUGGAGAAAAUCCUACAACAAACACUAGGUGCUAUAUCCGUAAUGCAUAUUUUUGUGUUUUUCACCCUCUACAUGUGACAUUGCGUGAAUGGUAGCAAGUACUGAAACUGUCCUUGAAGGAACCGAUGCAUUGAUCUCAUCUUGCACUAUUGGUGAAGAAGGACCGGAAUUUGGUUACCUUUUUAUUUUAUACAUCGUGUCGUAAUGAAUGUCUUGGGCUCUUUUGUCCAGGACAGGAGCCUGCAAUUUUUGUAUAAAUUUAGUUUGUUAAUUGACUGUUUUAAAUAUUUAUGAAAAAAAUAAAUGCUGUAUUCACUUA